AUGAGGAGAGGUUUGUUGGUUCCAGUUUGCUUAUAUGCCAACAAAGCAGGGCUUGACAUGCUGGAGACAACACUGGCGGCUUUGCAGGACAUCACUCUGGAUAAGAUAUUUCGCGAGUCUGGCCAAGAGGCCCUGAAUUCUGUUCAGAUGAUCAUGCAGCAGGGCUUUACUAUUUUACCUGCCGGAAUUUGCUUGUCAGUGAUGGAGAACUACGUGUCAUAUCAACGAGCUGUUGCCUGGAAAGUCGUCAGAGAGGGAACUGAUGUCCACUACCUUGCCUUCGCCUUCACCAACUGGUCGUUUGUAUAG